AUGAACAAGCUAGCGGGCCUGAGGGACAGCUCCAACCUACUGGGCGAGAAGAACAAGCUGCUGGUAGCCAACAGAGGUGAAAUUCCUAUUCGUAUCUUCCGUUCCGCUCAUGAACUGUCGAUGAAGACCGUUGCGAUCUAUUCCAACGAAGACAGACUCUCGAUGCACAGGCUGAAGGCUGACGAGGCAUACAUGCUGGGUCCACAAGGCAAAUACACCCCCGUGGGCGCAUAUUUGGCUAUCGACGAAAUCAUUCAGAUCGCCAAAGACCACGAUGUAGACUUCAUUCACCCGGGUUACGGGUUUUUAUCUGAAAAUUCAGAAUUCGCCAAAAAGGUUGCGGAUGCAGGUAUCACCUGGAUCGGACCACCUGCUGAGGUGAUCGACUCUGUGGGAGACAAAGUUUCGGCCAGAAACUUGGCCUACAAAGCCCAAGUCCCCACGGUUCCAGGUACACCCGGUCCUAUCGAGACCGUUGAGGAAGCAGAGGCUUUCGUGGCCGAGUACGGCUACCCCGUCAUCAUUAAGGCCGCUUUUGGUGGUGGUGGUAGAGGUAUGAGAGUUGUUCGUGAAGGAGACGACAUCGGUGAUGCUUUCCAACGUGCUACAUCUGAAGCUAAAACUUCUUUUGGCAACGGUACCUGUUUCAUUGAAAGAUUUUUGGACAGACCCAAACAUAUCGAAGUCCAGCUUUUGGCUGAUAGCCACGGUAAUGUUGUGCAUUUGUUCGAGAGAGAUUGCUCAGUUCAAAGAAGACAUCAGAAGGUGGUCGAAGUGGCUCCUGCUAAAACGCUCCCCAAAGAAGUCCGCAACGCAAUCUUGACCGAUGCAGUUAAGUUGGCCAAAGUAGCAGGCUACGUGAAUGCUGGUACUGCGGAGUUUUUGGUCGACAAUCAAAACAGACAUUAUUUCAUCGAAAUUAAUCCAAGAAUUCAAGUCGAACAUACCAUUACCGAGGAGAUUACCGGUAUCGAUAUUGUCGCUGCCCAAAUUCAAAUCGCCGCUGGUGCAUCGUUGCAGCAGUUGGGCCUUCUACAGGAUAAGAUCACUACUCGUGGUUUCGCUAUUCAAUGCCGUAUCACUACAGAGGAUCCAGCCAAAAACUUUCAACCAGACACAGGUCGUAUUGAAGUUUAUCGCUCUGCUGGUGGUAAUGGUGUCAGAUUGGACGGUGGUAACGCUUAUGCGGGCUCUAUAAUCUCUCCUCACUACGAUUCAAUGUUAGUGAAAUGCUCCUGUUCAGGUUCCACUUACGAAAUUGUUCGUCGUAAAAUGCUCCGUGCAUUGAUCGAAUUCAGAAUCAGAGGUGUCAAGACCAACAUUCCCUUUUUGUUGACUUUGUUGACCAACCCAGUGUUCAUUGAUGGUUCUUAUUGGACGACUUUCAUCGACGAUACUCCUGAGUUAUUCAAAAUGGCAUCUUCUCAAAACCGUGCUCAGAAAUUGUUACACUACUUAGCAGACUUGGUUGUUAAUGGUUCAUCUAUCAAAGGUCAAAUGGGAUUGCCAAAGCUGCACACUCAGCCAGCUAUUCCAGCUCUUCACGAUUCCCAAGGCGAAGUCAUCGAUGUGCUUGCUACUCCACCACCGGCUGGAUGGAGACAGGUCUUAAUUGAACAAGGGCCAGCAGGGUUCGCCAAGCUGGUUCGCAAUUUCAAGGGUACUCUGCUAAUGGACACUACUUGGAGAGAUGCCCAUCAAUCCUUGCUCGCCACUAGAGUGCGUACUUACGACUUGGCAGCUAUUGCUCCUACCACUGCUCACGCACUCUCUGGCGCGUUUGCUCUUGAGUGCUGGGGUGGUGCUACCUUCGAUGUGGCUAUGAGAUUUUUGCACGAAGAUCCAUGGGAGCGUCUAAGAAUUUUGAGGAAGUUAGUUCCUAACAUUCCUUUCCAGAUGUUGUUGCGUGGCGCUAACGGAGUGGCAUACUCAUCCUUGCCAGAUAACGCUAUUGAUCACUUUGUGAAACAGGCCCAAGAAAACGGUGUUGACAUCUUCAGAGUUUUCGAUGCUUUGAAUGAUCUCGAGCAAUUGAAGGUUGGUGUUGAUGCUGUUAAAAAAGCCAAUGGUGUUGUUGAAGCAACCAUUUGUUACUCCGGUGACAUGCUGCAACCAGGUAAGAAGUACAACUUGGACUACUACUUGGAAAUCAGUGACAAGAUUGUUGCCAUGGGUACCCACAUUUUAGGCAUCAAGGACAUGGCUGGUACGUUAAAACCCUCUGCCGCCAAACUAUUGAUCGGUUCUAUCAGGGCUAAGUACCCAGAUUUGCCAAUUCAUGUGCACACUCACGAUUCUGCAGGUACAGCUGUCGCAUCAAUGGCUGCUUGUGCUUUUGCUGGCGCUGAUGUUGUAGACGUGGCUACCAACUCUAUGUCUGGUAUGACCUCUCAGCCAUCUAUCAACGCUUUGAUUGCCUCUUUGGACGGAGAAAUUGAUACUGGUGUUAACGUUAACAUGGUUCGUGAGCUCGACGCUUACUGGGCUCAAAUGAGAUUGCUAUACUCCUGUUUCGAGGCCGACAUCAAGGGUCCCGAUCCAGAAGUUUACCAGCACGAAAUCCCAGGUGGCCAGCUAACCAACUUAUUGUUUCAAGCCCAACAAUUGGGUCUAGGCGAAAAAUGGACUGAAACCAAGAAAGCGUACAGGGAAGCCAAUUACCUGUUAGGGGAUUUGGUUAAAGUCACACCAACUUCUAAAGUCGUCGGUGAUUUGGCUCAAUUCAUGGUAUCUAACAAAUUGACCUCUGAUGAUGUCAGACGUUUGGCGUCAUCUUUAGACUUCCCAGAUUCUGUCAUGGACUUCUUUGAAGGAUUGAUUGGUAAACCUUACGGUGGGUUCCCUGAACCUUUGAGAACCGAUGUCUUGAAAAACAAGAGAAGAAAGUUGACCUGCCGUCCAGGUUUGGAACUGGCUCCAUUCAACUUGGAGAAAAUCAAGGAAGAAUUGCAAGACAGAUUUGGAGACAUUGAUGAAUGUGACGUUGCCUCUUACAAUAUGUAUCCAAAGGUCUACGAAGAUUUCCGUAAAAUGAGGGAACUUUAUGGUGAUUUAUCCGUUUUGCCAACCAAGAACUUUUUAUCCCCUCCUACCGUAGGUGAAGAAAUUGUCGUUACAAUUGAGAAGGGUAAAACCUUGAUCAUCAAGCCACAAGCCAUUGGUGAAUUGAACAAGGAGACUGGUCAUAGGGAAGUCUACUUCGACCUAAACGGUGAACUGAGAAAGGUUUCCGUUGUUGACAAGUCGCAGAAAAUUGACACGAUCUCCAAGCCCAAAGCCGAUGCUCACGAUCCAUUUCAAGUCGGUGCGCCAAUGGCCGGUGUUAUUAUCGAGGUGAAGGUUCACAAGGGUUCCUUGGUAAAGAAGGGACAGCCUGUCGCUGUUUUGAGUGCCAUGAAAAUGGAAAUGGUUAUUUCCUCUCCAAGCGAUGGCCAAGUCAAAGACGUUUUGGUGAAGGACGGUGAAAACGUCGAUGCUUCAGACUUGCUUGUGCUUUUGGAAGAGUCUAUUCCUCCUAAAGAUUGA